UCAUCGAAUUUCACUCUCGCAGCAAUCUCUUGCCUUUAUCCGCUACUUAUUUAAUUUAUUUCAUUUAUUUAUAUGUGUUAAGUGGUUUAAAACAAUUUUCGCAAUAACAAAUAAAGUAAAAUCUAUUGGUAAAGUGAAGAAGUCAGAGAAAUUCGUGCGAGUCACCCUUCCCCUUCCCUCAAAAAACGUCAUUAAAAAGUAUCGAAAGCAAAUUAAUUUCAAAGCAUAUAUUUUGCAAAAAAGUCAUAUAGUCUGUGCAUACACAUCCAGUGCUGCUGAUUGAAAAUUUGUUUUUUGGAUUACAUUUGGAAGCGGAAGAGGAACAAAUAACCACCCAACAUGGUCCAAAUUAAAGUGUACAUCAGUGGAAUGUCUGGUAACAAGGAGGUGAAAAAACGCCAGCAACGUGUUCUUAUGAUACUGGAGAGCAAAAAUAUUGAAUAUGAGGCUAUUGAUAUAACCGAACCUGGCCGUGAGGCCGAUAAGGAAUUCAUGCAGAACAAAUCAACCAGCAAUGGGGCUACAGUUAGUGAUCCCGAACCAAGACAUGCCUUGCCACCACAGAUUUUCAACGAAGAAGAAUACUGUGGAGAUUAUGAUGCCUUCGAUAUGGCCAAUGAAAUUGAUACAUUGGAACAGUUCUUGAAAGUAGCGCCACCGGUGGUUGAAACGCCACCCGAAGAAAGUGCAAAGCAAGAAAAUGGAGAGGCGAAAACCAACGGUGCCGAUGAGGCUGGCGAAAACAAGGAAAACGAAGGUGAAGAAUCAGCAGAGGAUAAAACUGCCAAGGAUGCCGAAGGCGAAAAUGCUGAGAAUGCUGACAAAACUGAGGACAAAGAGAAUGGUGAAGGUGAAGGCGAUGAUGAAACCAAAGAGGGAGACGACAAAAAAGACGGGGAAUCAGGCGAAACGGAAGACAAAGAAAAAGAAGAAGACGGCGAAGCUGAAGCAUCAACUGAGGAUAAAAAAGAUGCGGAUGCAGAUGAUGGUAAAAAAGAAGAAGAUGACACAGAGAGUCCUGAAAACAAAGAAAAUAAGGAUUCACAAGAAAAGAAUGAGGAUGAUGAGGAAAAAGAAAAAGAAGAAGAUGAGGAAAAAGAAAAUGAAGAAGAUGAGGAAAAAGAAGAUGAAAAGGAUAAUGACACAAAUGAAACGAAGGAUGGCAAUAAUACUGAAUCAACAGAGAAUGAAAAGAAAGAGGAUAAAUCUGGAAAAGAAGGUGAAUCUUCAGCAGAAGAAAGCGAAGAAGAGGAAGAUGAUGCAAGUAAAAAAGAAGAAAGUGAGAAAAAUAAUGAUGACGAAGAAGUAAAGGACGAGAAAAAGGAUUCUGACGAUGUCGAAGAAAAAUUGGAUGAGAAGGAAUCUGAAGCUAAAGAGGAGGAGGACGAAAAGGAGAAGGAGGAGAAGGAAAAGGAGGAGAAGGACGAAGAAGGUAAAGAUGAAUCCAGCGAGGCCCAGGAAGACAACAAACAAACUGACAAAGAUGACGAGGAAACGAAAGAGCAAGAUGAUAAAAGCGAAACAGACACCAAAGAAGAAGAAAAUAAAGCAAGUGCCGAUGAAGAGAAGGAAGAAGCUGCCGAUUCAGACGACAAAAAAGAAACAGAAGAAAAAGAAAAGUCAACAAAAGAGGAUGAAUCAUCGGAAGAAGAGGAAGACGAAGAGUAGUAAAUCUCUGUUGAUAGGCCACCUAAUAUUCAUGACUGAUUUCAUACAAAAACCUGCCCGCAUGACUAAUACCCCUAUUAAUGUACUGCUACUUUUAAUAUAUUCAAUACGUCUAUACAUAAAUAUCUUACAUUCAACUCAAAAAGAUGUAUAUUGCACACACCCGUCUUAUGCCAAUUUUCUGCACCUCUUCUAUGGUCUUACGAGGAACCACAUGUUAUGUAGCCCGCACUCAACAUGAAUAUCAACGAAAUCAAAUCAUCAACACCACAAGAUGCUCUUCUCACCCACACAUACAUAUGUAAAUGUUAAUAAUUGACACAUUAUGUACUAUUUAUCUAUCUAUUGAUCAUCACCCUCUAUCCAUGGUUACUAAAUCAACACGUCCUUGUAAAUACGUAUAUGCAAUAAAAGUUAAGAUUUAAUAGUAAUUAAAA